CCGGAAACGGACAUGGAAACUGUCAUUUUAGAAUGGAGGUGGUAUUUGGCGUUUCAUAGUUCGUGGUACUUUACUCUUUAAUUAAUUGUGAUAUGUGAAGUUUACUGGAAGACAAUAAACCAAAAAUCCGGUUAAGGAAUUUAAACAUGGAAAAGGAAAAGAUACGUCGGCGACCAUCUCCUUCCCCAGAGAUACCUGUGACCAAAAUCAAGAUUAAACAGGAGAAAUUGAGUCCAGUGAGGCCAAAAAAGCCUCGGCGCUCGAGUUCAGUUUCAGACCGUGGCAGCGAAAGUCCACCACCGCGGAAGAGGCGACACAGUAGAUCACCAGCUAGAAGGAGAGACAGGUCCCCUAGGAGGAGUAGUAGGUCACCUAGAAACAGGCGAAGCCGGAGCCCACGAUUCACAGAUACCAAAAUAAAGCCGGAACGUGAAGAACAUUCCCGAAUCAAGAAUGAAUGGAGGCACAGAGAUCGCUCGGAUGCAUCGAAUGACAGAAGAAUCAAAGAGGAAUCUAAGACGUGGCACAGGGGGAGGGAAGAUGCAUCAGAUGAAAGAAGGAGGAACAGAGAUGCCCAUAUUUUUCAGCAGCAGCAAAAUGAGAGAGAGAGGAACAAUGAAAGAAGAAGAGAAAAGCGCAACAGAGAAGAAGAUAAUCUAGAAAAUGUUGAAUUUGGUGAUGACGGAGAGAAAGAUGAAAAUUCUACCAAUAAAGAACUACCAAAUUUUGAGCUCUCUGGAGCUUUGGUAGAAGAUACCAAUACAUACCGAGGAGUGGUAAUCAAAUAUAAUGAACCUCCAGAAGCCCGCAUUCCAAAGCGAAGAUGGAGAUUGUACCCCUUUAAAAAUGAUGAACCUCUUCCAGUGAUGUACAUUCAUCGCCAAAGUGCAUACCUUUUUGGAAGACAAAGACGAAUUGCUGAUAUACCUAUUGAUCACCCAUCCUGCUCUAAGCAGCAUGCAGUUUUUCAGUACAGGUUGGUUGAGUUUACACGCUCUGAUGGCACAGUUGGCAGAAGAGUAAAACCUUACAUCAUUGAUUUAGGAUCUGGCAAUGGCACAUUUCUUAACAACCAGCGGAUUGAUCCUCAACGAUACUAUGAAAUGAAAGAAAAAGAUGUGUUGAAAUUUGGGUUCAGUAGCAGAGAAUAUGUUUUGUUACAUGAAGCUUCAGACACAUCAGAAGUAGACAAAAAGGAUGAUGAUGAUUAUGAGGACGACGAAUAAACUGUAGUCUUGAGACUAGCAGUGGAAUAUAAUGGAGAAAAAG